AUGGACGACUCACCGUGGGGAGACAUCCCAUCCAAGUCCGCCGCUGAUACUACAUCUGGUCCGCAGAAAGAAAACGAACCCACAACAUCUUCAACCGCUGCAAAAGAGCCACAACCUUCCUCUACCUCCACUAGCACUCCCCGCGGCAGCCGAAAAGUGCCUGCCCGCAAAGUCGGCGCUCAGCCCACACGUCUAGAGAGUGUGGGUGAUGCCUUUGACCCACUAGGUCCUCUAGGAGGCGACUCAGCGCCCGCAACUUCACUUCCCACAGCCGACCAGGCUCCCACACCACCUCGGAAGGAAGGCGCAAGACCUGGUCGGCCUGCCGGCGAACUCGCAGACAACGAUGCUUUGAACCUUCCUAUAGGCCGGCAGCGCGCACCGCCUGUGCAGCCUUCCCCAGUCUCGACUCCUCGCUCCACACAACCCAGCGUGUCUGUGGAGCAGGCCGCCAAACCCACCUUCGAGAUCCUUGUUGGCGACCCUCACAAAGUCGGUGACCUCACAUCCUCGCAUGUAGUUUACCAAGUCUCCACCAAAACGAGCAGUAAAGCCUACAAACAGUCCGAAUUUACCGUAUCUCGACGUUACCGCGACUUUCUAUGGCUCUACAACUCUCUACACAACAACAACCCUGGCGUCGUCGUGCCCCCACCUCCCGAAAAGCAAGCUGUCGGACGCUUUGACAGUGAGUUCGUCGAGUCCCGUAGACAAGCUCUAGAGCGCAUGCUCAACAAGAUCGCCGCCCAUACCAUUCUUCACCACGAUGCGGACCUGAAGAUAUUCCUCGAAUCAGAGGCAUUCAACGUCGAUGUCAAGAACCGCGAGGCCCGCGAACCGGACCUAGGCCAGUCAAAAGGGAUGUUGUCCAGCAUUGGUAUCAACGUUGGCGGCUCAUCCUCUGGCAAAUUUAUCGAGCACGAUGAUUGGUUUCACGACCGCAAGAUCUACCUCGAUGCGCUGGAGAACCAGCUCAAAUCCCUCAUGAAGGCGCUCGAUACCGUCGUCGUGCAGCGUAAAGGCCUGGCAGACGCAGCCGGUGACUUUGCCGUGAGCCUCGGCAACCUUGGACAAGUGGAGCUGUCACCGGACUUUUCAGGUCCCCUCCAGGGCCUCAGCGACGUACAGGUGCGCAUACAAGAGCUGUACGCGCGGCAGGCGCAGCAGGACGUGCUGACGCUCGGCAUCACGAUCGACGAAUACAUACGGCUGAUCGGCAGCGUCAAGACGGCAUUCGGUCAGCGGCAAAAGGCAUUCCAUAGCUGGCACGCCGCUGAAUCGGAGCUGCAGAAGCGGCGCGCCGCGCACGAGAAACUUCUGCGCCAGGGCAAGUCUCAGCAGGACAAGCUCAAUGAGGUGGGCGCCGGUGUUAGCGAUGCGGAGAAGAAGGCACACCAAGCUCGUCUGCUGUUUGAGGACAUGGGCCGCUUGAUGCGCGGCGAACUCGAGCGCUUCGAGCGCGAGAAGGUCGAGGACUUCAAGAGCGGCGUCGAGACGUUCCUGGAAGGGGCGGUAGAGGCGCAGAAGGAGCUUAUCGAGCUCUGGGAAACCUUCCUCUACAUGCUGGACGCCGAAGACGACACCACCGGCCCGGGAGCCGUGAACGCCGCAGCACAGCUCCAGCAGGCCGCGGCCGUGACUGCCGCCGCCGCAGCGGGGCCAGAAGGCGAGAGUACCGCGGCUGCGCGGACGGCCACGGCGACGGAUGUUGCGCUCGAGCAGGACGCUUGA